AUGUACAUCGUAAUCCUCGUCAACGUCUUGGAGAAAAUUGAGCUCACUGAAUACAGUGGUCCACCACCGGAGCCACGCGCUGAUGACGACGAGGAGGGAGCUCGCAACCCAGGCUCCAACCUCUUCGUCACCGGUAUUCACCCUCGUCUCACCGAAGAAGAAGUCUCCCGUCUGUUUGAGAAGUACGGCGACGUCGAGAAGUGCAACAUCAUGCGCGACCCUCACACCCGCGAGUCCCGCGGCUUCGGCUUCGUCAAGAUGGUUACACCGGAACAAGCAGACGCUGCCAAGGAAGGCUUGCAAGGCGAGGUCUACGAGGGCAGGACUCUGAGCAUCGAGAAGGCGCGCCGUGCUCGUCCUCGCACACCUACUCCGGGCAAGUACUUUGGCCCUCCCAAGCGCGAAGAGUUUGGUGGUCGCCCACCACGCGGUGGCCGUUACGGCGGCGACAGGUACGAUGACCGUCGCGGCGGAGGGUAUGGCGGCCGACGUGACGACUAUCGCGGAUCCCGCUACGGUGGAGAUCGCCACGAUGACCGCAGCUAUGGACGCCGCGACCGCGAUGACUAUGCUCCUCGUGGCGUUGAUCGCUACGCAUCUUCCGGACGUGAGGAUCGCUACAGCAGCCGCAACGAAGACCGACGCGGUGGCGGAGGAGGCUACGGAUACGAUCGUGAAGACCGCGGUGGAGCUGACCGCGGUGGAGCUGGCGGCUACCCAGAGAAGGACACCUAUGGUGGCGGUAGGUCAUACGAUGACCGUGAUUCGAAGCGUUACUGA